AUGUGCGAGGGUUCCUGCGGCAUUGCGAUUGUAGCCAAGCCGUACAACCCAGCAAUAAAAAAUAACAAAAACUGGGUUGUAAACAAGGACGGCUUGGCUGCAAUUGCAAGGAGGAACGCAUCCGACUCGCCGCCGCUGAACCUAAUCAACAAAGGAGAGGGUUUGGUGGCGGCAUCCUGGGGGCCCAUCACUGUAAUAUCAGUCUACAUCUCGCCGAACAUAAACAAGAGAGAGUUCGACGAGAGACUGAGGGUCCUGGAGCGACAGAUAGUCAAGCAUUCCACCGGCCCCUUGGUGGUGGCGGGGGACUUCAACGCCAAAAACGUGGCGUGGGGUUCCCCGCACACUGACUGGCGGGGCGGUGAGGUGUACGAGUGGGCGGCGCAAAACAGGUUGAUACACGGAUGGAGGGUGAAGACGGAGAAGGAGACAGACUCUGAUCAUAGAUACAUUACAUUCUCCGUCUCCACCCUCUCUAAGGAGGUCUUAGAGCGCCGCUUGCUCAGGGAAGCCAGCUCUAGGAGAUGGGCCCUGAGGAAAAUAGACGAGGACGCGAUAGUUGCGGCACUAAUAGUGGGAAGUGCCCCAAAUGAAGGCGUAGAGGAAAGAAGAGCAUGGCUACAGAACAUUAUCACUCAAGCAUGUGACGUAGCCAUGCCCAGGGCAAGGAACAGGCCACGUAAAGAGGCCUACUGGUGGUUGGAGGAUCUCGCGGAGCUAAGGAGAUCCUGCGACCACGCAAGGAGAAGGGUGCAACGGCGAAAAAGGUACGUGCUGCUAGAUCCUGAAGGCCUGGAAGACGCGUGGGAUGCGUACAAAAAGACACGCAACGCCCUACGUGUCUCCAUAAAGCAGGCGAAGGCAAGAGCAUGGGAGGAACUGCUCUCCUCUCUCGACAGGGAUCCGUGGGGUCGUCCCUAUAGGAUGGUCCUUAAUAAACUCAAGAGAGGGACGGCCCCCCUAACGGAGACCAUGGACCUCCAUCUCGUAGAAGAAGUGAUAGACACCCUGUUCCCGCGGAUCGAUGGAGACCAUCGAAUAGAGAAGCGGGAACAGGAGUGGAACGAAGAAGAGAUGAGGGUCACGAGAGGAGAACUGAGGGACGCCGUCAGGAAAAUCAAAAGGGGAAAAGCCCUAGGACCUGACGGCGUCCACGGGAAGGUAUGGGCCCUUGCCUUCAAGGAUCUAGCGGAGCCCAUGAAGCACUUGUAUAACGAGUGCCUCAAGACGGGCUCCUUUCCCCAGGUGUGGAAGAAGGCUAACAUAGUCCUUCUUCCAAAGGAGGGCAAACCAAGAGAGUCGCCCUUGGCGUAUAGGCCAAUUUGUUUGUUGGACAAGGCGGGAAAGAUAUUAGAAAGAAUUAUCGCGGACCGCCUCGUCUACCAUCUGUAUUGGAAUGGUCCGCAACUGAACGAUAAGCAAUACGGCUUCCGGGCCGGGCGGUCAACUGUCGACGCAAUCUUGCGUGUCCGCUCGGUCUCGAGAGCCGUUGGGUCAGUAUUGGGCCCCCUUAUGUGGAACCUCGCUUACGACGUGACCCUGAGGACUGCCCUCCCUCCCGGUUGUAACGUCAUCUGCUACGCGGAUGACACACUAGUCAUGGUCGGGGGAGACAUCUGGGGGGAAGCAGUAGCGCGUGCCAACAUAGCCGUGGCUCGUGUCGUGUACACCAUAGAAGAAGUCGGGCUGAAGGUGGCGCCCCAGAAAACGGAGGCCGUCUUUUUCCACGACGGCUCCCACGGGGCGCCCCCCAAAGUCCAGAUCUUGGUGGGAAACACCCCUGUAAAAGUGGGGACCCAAAUUAAAUACCUGGGUCUCCACUUGGAUGGCAAAUGGGCCUUCGGCGAGCACUUCCGCCAACUAACCCCGAGAGUCAACGAGGCAGCAAUGGCAUUAUGCCGGCUGCUGCCAAACCUCGGGGGACCGGACGGAAGGGUUCGUCGACUUUACGCCGGAACUGUCUAUUCGAUGAUAAUGUACGGAGCCCCCGUGUGGGCGGAAAAAGUGGGGACCACCCGCCGAUUAAAAGAUGCUUUGUAUCAGCUACAAAGGCGGGUGGCUAACCGCAUAUGCCGGGGGUUUCGUACCGUUAGUUGGACGGCCGUGGGGGUACUCUUCGGAGUGCUCCCCAUCGAACUACUGGUCCGCAUGUACACCGAGGUGUAUAGGCGUACACGCGGGCUUCAAAGAGAGAGAAUGGCCGUCACGGACAGUAUCCGGCGAGCAUUGAGGACUCAAACCCGACGGCAACUCAUAGAGAGUUGGUCCGGCGGUCUGCAAGACCCGCGACUGCCGGGACAGUGGACCGUCGGGGUCAUUCGGCCCUGCCUAGAGCAGUGGCUGGGCAGGGCCAAGGGGGGUGUUUUGUACCGCAUGACACAGGUGCUCACCGGACACGGCUGCUUCGGUGAGUACCUGUGUCGAAUAAAGAAGGAGCGCACGACACGAUGCCAUCAUUGUGGCUUCGAGCGAGACACCGCCGGGCACACACUACAAGAGUGUGUCGCCUGGGCGGACGAAAGGGAGGAGCUCGUAGCCACAAUCGGGAGGGACCCAGCGCUACCCGCGAUAGUAAAGGCGAUAGUUGCGGAGGAGGAAGCGUGGAAGGCGUUCUCCUCCUUCUGCGAGAGCGUGCUCUUGCAGAAGGAGGAGGCAGAAAGAGAGAGGGAAAGGGCUGGAAGAGGUAACUCCCAGCCCUCGGAAGAGGAGGAUGAAGGAGAGGAUACGGAGAAUGGGGACAGGCCCCCUCUUUUCCCGCCAUCGGCUAACUUGCUCUCUGUCUAA